AUGGGAAGCUCACAAUGUUGUUCUCUUUAAACAGAUGAUAAAUCAGAAAUUGUACUUAAGAUUGAAGAUACUGAGAAAUCGUCCCUAAAGUCUUCAAAGAAAUCUUCAAAAAAGUAACAAUAGUAAUGUUUGCUCCAAUUUAAGGAUUCCUACUCAAAAGGAUAAACAUUAAGUGCACCAAAUAAAAUGUGAAGGUCCUGGAACUCCUGGCUUUGCUGAUUUACGUUCUUUUGGAAGCAAACGUUCUGAAUAAUCUUAUAAAGACAUAUAACUUGUUGCAGAAAUUGUGAUGAAUCUAGAGGACAUUCCAAAGAGAAUAGAAGAUGUUUAAUAAAGUCCUAUUACAUCUUAACGUUCUUUAAAAAAAAAAAAAAAAAAUGACUCUCCUCUUUGUGAAUUUUAACCUAAAAAUUCCUUGAAAUCUUUCGAUUCAAAGAAAUUAAAUAAAUUAAAAUCACUAUCAGAGCAUAAAGUUAAGUUUGAAGAAAAAAAUGAGAAUGACAGUCAAAGAAGCAAUAGUGUAGAUAACAAAUCUGUCAAAAGCAUAAUGAAAUAAGAAUUAAAAUAUAGUUAAUUUCGAAAAAUGCAAACUUAAGGGGAUGCAGAAUCAAGAAAAUAAGUUCACUUUUAAUUAAAUAAAUGA